UACAGCAUCCCAACAACAAAAACAACGGAAAAAAGAAGAGUACCCUAAUUUUUCUCUUCCCUCACUAUGCACCGCCACCGCCACCAACCUCACUCCCACAAAAUUAUGCUUGAGCAAAAAAUAAUCUGAUUGGAUGUAAUAUUGAGUCAUUCGCAUAACGGAACCUAUAUAAAUAUGACAUGCAUUUAUGAUGCAAUGAAUGAUAUUACUACACUUUUUUAAUGAUGGAUUUACAAAUGAAUCAAAAUAUUUUGGAUGUAAAUAAUUCAGAAAGUAAUGAAAAGAAGUGUAUCCCUUCAACAAACGAAGAAUCUACUACCAAAAUACAUUCUAAAAGAGGUAGAAAAUCAACUGUUCCACGAGAAAUAAGAGAACAAACAAGACGAAUUAAAAAACAAAAUAUCGAACGGAGUCGACGUGCGUGUAUUGCUAAUCAGAUGACUGAAUUGCAUAAACUUGCAAUGAAUUUAAUUGGAUUAGAAAUUUCUGAACAGAUAAAAAUUGAAAAAGUAGAUAUUUUACGCAUAUGUUAUGAAGUUUUUGGAAAUGUUGGAAUCCUGUUGAAUGAAAGACCUGAUUUAAAGGAAAAAUUAAGACAAAUGUGUCAUUCAGUGCAAACAAAAUCUUUAUCCAAACAUCAAGAAGUAACAGACAGCAACAAUAAUGAUAACUAUACUCCAGCGAAUUUAUAUACUAUGGAUACUUCGAUAAUGCAGACUCAAUCAUCACCAAUCAUGUACAAUAAUAAUAAUAAUAAUAAUAAUAAGGAGAAUUAUAAUCCAAACGAUAGCAAUAUUUUAAUUCCAUCCGAAUUAAGCGCAUUUACACCGAUUAGAAGAAUAAAAGAUGAACAAAACUUUGAAUAUCAUUCUACACCGAUACAACUACCGUCUCUUACAACAGACAGUGGAUACUUUGAUACUUUGUAUUCAUCAUUAUCAACACCUUUGAGAACAACUGAAAAUACACAUUCCACACAUUUACAAAUAAAUAGUUAUACUUAUCCUCAUCAAACAUAUAAACAAGAGGAUACCUCACUAAUAGCACUUCAACCAAAGGAGAAUAUCUUAACGUAUGAAAGGAGUUCAAUCACUUCUUCAGAUAGUAAAGAUGUCUGGAGACCAUAUUUGGACUGACUGACAACAAGUUUGAUUUUAGAUUAUUAUUUAAUUGUAAUUUUGUUUUAAUUUUUUUAGACAUUGCGCCUUUUUCAUAUCUUUUCUAAUAAAUACACACAUAACACAUGUAUGGCUAACGACAAAUUUUAUUUGUGUACACAAUUCUGUUUUCA